GGCAAGGCAAGAGGCGGGAGCGCGCGCUGGAGUGGACGCCGAGGUCCCGGCUCGGCGUGCGCAGGAAGCGAAUGCGCCCGUGGAGCUCUGGCCUCGGCCAUGGCUCACAGGCCGAAAAGGACUUUCCGGCAGCGCCGAGCCGACUCUAGUGACAGCGACGGCGCCGAGGAGCCGUCUGCUGAAGCCGAGGCGCCCGGGCAGCAGACGGUCCCGGGCCCUGCAGAGGAAGGGCCGCCCUCUGGAGGAGGCCGCGCGGAGGUGGCGGAGCGGCCCCUUCGGCUCCGGCUCUCGGGGCCGGGCCGGGGCCGGGGCCGGGUCUGGGCGAGUUCCCGGCGACCAGCAGGAGCGGCUCCUCGCGCGGACGGCGGUUCGGGCGGCCCAGAAUCCAGAAGGGUUGAUCUUUCAACAGAUGAAGAAGAUGGAGCUCAUCAUUCCUCAGAAAGUAAGGAUGAUGCGAGUUCCUCUUCUGACAGCUCUAGCUCUGUGGAAGAAGAAUUUUCGUCAGUAGUAGAUAUCCCUGAUGCAGCUUUUAUUCAGGCAGCCCGAAGGAAGCGUGAAUUGGCCAGGGCCCAAGAUGACUAUAUUUCUUUGGAUGUAAAACAUACCUCAACCACCUCUCGUGUGAAGAAGAACAGUGACGAAGAUCCCGAGAGUGAGCCUGAUGACUGUGAAAACAGAAUACCCUUUACCCCAAAGCCUCAAACGCUUAGACAAAGAAUGGCUGAAGAAACAACAACCAGAGAUGAAGAAACAAGUGAAGAAGGUCAGGAAGAUGAAAGUCAAGAUAUUUGGGAACAGCAGCAAAUGAGGAAAGCAGUUAAAAUCACAGAGGGACGAGACCUAGAUCUUUCCCACAGCAGUGACUCUAAACCAGUGAAGAAAUUUGAUACUUCCAUUUCAUUUCCACCAGUGAAUUUAGAAAUUAUAAAGAAGCAAUUAAAUACUAGAUUAACAUUACUCCAGGAUACUCACCGCUCACACCUGAGGGAAUAUGAAAAAUAUAUACAAGAUGUCAAGAGCUCAAAGAGUGCCAUCCAGAACCUAGAGAAUUCAUCAAAUCAGGCUCUAAAUUUUAAAUUCUAUAAAAGUAUGAAAACUUAUGUGGAAAAUCUAAUUGACUGUCUUAAUGAAAAGAUUAUCAGCAUCCAAGAAAUAGAAUCAUCCAUGCAUGCACUCCUUUUAAAACAAGCCAUGACCUUUAUGAAACGCAGGCAAGAUGAAUUAAAACAUGAAUCAACAUAUUUACAAGAGCUAUCACGCAAAGCUGAGGCAUCAACAAAUGGAAGCUUGCCUGCAGAUGAAAAAACUCAAUGGAUUUUAGCAGAGAUUGAAUCUCGAAGGGCACAAAGAAGGCAAGCAAGGGCGCUUUCUGGGAAUUGUGACCAUCAGGAAGGGGCAUCUAGUGAUGAUGAACUGUCUUCAGCAGACAUGACUGACUUCCAAAAACGCCACGGUGACAUUUUACAGGAUCAUAAGAAGAUUUUUGAAGAUGUGCAUGAUGAUUUUUGUAAUAUCCAGAAUGUUUUAUUGAAAUUUCAACAAUGGCGAGAAAAGUUUCCUGAUUCUUACUAUGAAGCCUUCAUUAGUUUAUGCAUACCGAAGCUUUUAAAUCCCCUAAUACGAGUUCAGUUGAUUGAUUGGAAUCCUCUUAAGUUUGAUUCCAUAGGUUUAAAACAGAUGCCGUGGUUCACGUCUAUAGAAGAAUUUGUGGAUAGCAGUAUGGAAGAUUCAAAGAAGGAAGAGAGUUCUGAUAAAAAAAUACUGUCUGCUGUCAUCAACAAAACAGUGAUUCCUCGACUCACAGGAAGGAAUCAACUGACAGUGAGCGCAAGGGAGGAGAAAAGAACAGCCUUCGUCGAAUUCAUUUGGGAUCCCUUGUCGACUUCACAGACAACAAGUUUAAUAACGCACUGCAGAAUGAUACUUGAAGAACAUUCCACUUGUGAAAAUGAAGUUAGUAAAGGCAAACAGGAUUUACUUAAAUCCAUUGCUUCAAGAAUGAAGAACGCAAUAGAAGAUGACGUUUUUAUUCCUCUAUAUCCAAAGAGCGCUGUAGAAAACAAAACAUCGCCACAUUCAAAGUUCCAAGAAAGACGGUUCUGGUCAGGUAUAAAGCUCUUCCGUAAUAUUCUUCUUUGGAAUGGACUCCUCCCAGAUGACACCUUGCAAGAGCUGGGACUAGGGAAGCUGCUAAAUCGUUACCUUAUUAUAGCUCUUCUUAAUGCCACACCUGGGCCAGAUGUUGUUAAAAAGUGCAACCAAGUAGCAGCAUGUUUACCAGAAAAGUGGUUCGAAAAUUCUGCUAUGAGAACAUCUCUUCCCCAGCUAGAAAACUUCAUCCAGUGUUUAUUGCAAUCUGCACAUAAAUUGUCUAGAAGUGAAUUCAGGGAUGAAAUCAAAGAAAUAAUUCUUAUUCUGGUGAAAAUAAAAGCUCUGAAUCAAGCAGAAUCCUUCAUAGAAGAGUAUCACCUCGACCAUCUGAAAUCAGUCAUUAAAGAAGUUUGAGUGAACUUUACAGGAAAGUACUAAAAUGAAAUUUUAAUAUAGUCACACUAGGCGCCUUUGCUUGGAAAACAAAAAGCUGGUGCCUCUUCUUAAUUCCCAGUGAUGGAGAGGAGGAUUUGCCAAGAGAAGGCAGGACUCCGGCCCUCCAUUUCCUUCCCUUUCUGCUCUCAUGAAAGGCUGCCCCGCUGACUGCAGUGUUUGCAGGAAUGAAGCUCACGGGAGUGCUAAGAGUU